AUGUCUGCGCUGUACGAGAAUGCUGAUUGGAGCCGUGAGUCCCUGUCAGGCCCGAUCGCCAAGGCUCUUGUUGGCACGUCGGGUGACAAGAUGUCUGCGUACUCCUUGAGUCGGCUUAGCUACUACACAGAGGAGCUGAAAAGGAUGCGCGAUGAUGGACUGAAUGUCUCGCUCACAGAUUUCUGGGGCCUUGUUGUUGAGUUCUUCGUGUACAGACAGGAGAACCCAGCCCGACUGAGUGACCAGAAGAAGGCUGUAGCGUCUGGACAGAACCCUCUGCCAAUCUAUGCCGGGGUCAAUGCGAAGACAGACCUCAACACCAAGGAAUUUGCAGAAUGGUGUGAGUUCACUCCCUACGAGGCGGGCUUCUCUAAGUACGGAGCCUUCAUCCGCACUGAGGAUUUCAGAAGCCAGUUCAACCAGGGCUGCCUGAUCAAGAGGAUGGCAGAGCCUCGCAUCAGCUACUUGCUGGGAAUGUGGGGCAGUGGGUUUGCUGCCAGCCUGGAUGAGAUCUGGAACGCUGGGAAGAAGCAGGAGUGGCUCGACAACAAGGAAGAUGAUGUUGAACUGGCAGAUGACAUCAAGAAGAGCUCAGAGACCUCAAGCUCCGAUGGCCUGCACACUCAUGUGGUCACUCCGUCCAGCCCCAUAUCUUAUCUCGUUGACAAGCUCUUCAACUUCCGCUUCAGCUCCUGCCAGAGCCACAACUUCCUGCAUGGCCUCAACCUGCACAGCAAGUACCACACCAGCCACGAGUUCAUAACAGACACAGAAGAGAUAUUCUCUACUGGCUUUUAUAAUGGAAGGGCAGAAGAGAUCUUCAAUCCAGUGUGA